ACACGCCUCAUGCGGGGAGGCGUGUCUGCAGCUCAGGCGUGAAGACGUGUUUGGAGUGUUUGGCGGUUGAGGAGAAAGAAGCAGAGCUGAAGAUCAUGUCUAGACUUUUAAACACAGUUAAUACGAGGUUAAGAAGAGAUGUUUCCUUCUGCAGGAGACUGAGGAGCGUUGCGGAGCGGACCAUAAGCAGCUCGUUGAGGAGGCAAACUGAGGAGAGGGAUGGGCAUGUGGGAGCUCUGGGGAAGAGGCUGCAGGACACGGCCGAGACCCUGAUCAUUGGUGGAGGAUGUGUGGGUGUGAGUCUGGCCUACCACCUGGCCAAAGCCGGCCAGAAGGACGUGGUGCUGCUGGAGAAGUCCGAGCUGACUGCUGGAUCCACCUGGCAUGCUGCUGGAUUGACCACGUACUACCACCCAGGGAUCAAUCUGAAGAAGAUUCACUAUCACAGCAUUAAGCUAUAUGAGCAGCUGGAGGCAGAGACCGGCCAGGCGGUGGGCUUCCAUCAGCCGGGCAGCGUCAGGAUUGCCUCGACCUCGGCCAGAGUGGACGAGAUGAAGUACCAGAUGACCCGGACUCACUGGCACCCCACUCCACAGUUCCUCAUCGGACCAGAGAAGGUCCACGAGCUCUUCCCUCUGCUCAACAUGGACAAGGUGCUGGCAGGACUCUAUACUCCCGGCGAUGGCCACAUCGAUCCCUACUCUCUCACCAUGGCACUUGCAGCUGGUGCCCGAAUGUACGGUGCCCAGAUCUACAGCCCCGCCCCUGUCACAGGCCUGUCCCCCACCCCUGAUGGGAAGUGGGACGUCCAGACACCUCAUGGGACCAUCCGAGCCAACCGCAUCGUCAAUGCCACAGGUUUCUGGGCCCGGGAGCUGGGCCAGAUGAUUGGCUUUGAGCACCCCACCGUCCCUGUCCAUCACCAGUAUGUGGUCACAGCGACGGUUCCUGAGGUAAAGGCCCUGAAGAAGGAGCUGCCGGUCAUCCGGGACCUGGAGGGCUCGUACUACCUGAGGCAGGAGCGGGACGGCCUGCUGUUCGGCCCCUACGAGAGGGAGGAGAAGAUGGUGCUGCAGGACUCAUGGCUCAGAGAUGGAGUUCCUCCAGGUUUCGGAAAGGAGCUGUUUGAGUCUGAUCUGGACCGAAUAAUGGACCAUGUGGAAAUGGCUAUGGAGAUGGUUCCUGUCCUGAAGCACGCUGACAUCAUUAAUAUCGUAUCUGGACCAAUCACAUACACUCCAGACCUGCUGCCCAUGAUUGGGCCGCACCAGGGGGUCCGCAACUACUGGACCGCUAUUGGCUUUGGGUAUGGCAUAAUUCAUGCUGGUGGUGUUGGAAAGUUCCUCAGCGACUGGAUCAUGAGCGGUGAGCCUCCUUAUGAUCUGAUUGAAUGCGACCCAAACCGCUAUGGAAAGUGGACCACUGCGCCAUACUUGUGUGCCAAAGCCAGAGAGUCGUACGGCUUUAACAACGUGGUGGGUUAUCCUAAAGAGGAGCGAUUUGCUGGUCGCCCCACUAGCAGAGUGAGUGGACUUUAUGAUCUGCUGAAGGACGAAUGCUCCAUGGGCUUCCAUGCGGGCUGGGAGCAGCCACACUACUUCUACAAGGCAGGAGACGAUGUGGGCUACAGGCCCAGUUUUAAAAGGACAAACUGGUUUGGACCGGUGGGACGUGAGUGCAAGCUUGUGAUGGAGAAAGUGGGCGUCAUUGACCUUUCACCUUUUGGCAAGUUCAUAGUCAAAGGGAAAGACUCGCACAAGCUGCUGGACCGACUGUUCGCCAACACCAUGCCAAAGGUGGGACUGACCAACAUCAGUCACAUGUUGACUCCGAGGGGGCGCGUCUACGCUGAGGUCACCAUAACCCAGCUUGCACCUGGAGAAUUCAUGCUCAUCACUGGCUCAGGAUCAGAGCUGCAUGACCUCAGAUGGAUAGAGAGGGAGGCAGCAGAUGGCGGGUACGAGGUGGACAUCACUAACAUAACAGACGAUAUCGGAGUGUUGGGGGUGGCUGGGCCAAACUCUCGUAAAGUCCUGCAAAAGCUGACCAGUGAGGACCUGAGUGACGGCGAAUUUAAGUUCCUUCAUUGUAAAUCCAUUCAGCUGGCCGGCGUCCACCUGCGGGCCAUACGCAUAUCCUACACAGGGGAGCUGGGCUGGGAGCUGUACGUGGACAUGCCAAAGAUGGCUGAAGUAUACCAGGCCAUAAUGGAGGCCGGGCAGGAAGAGGGCAUUGAUAACUUCGGCACUUACGCCAUGGCUUCACUCAGGCUGGAGAAAGGCUUCCGAGGCUGGGGGGCCGAGAUGAAUUGUGAUACAAAUCCUCUGGAGGCUGGUCUGGAUUACUUCAUCAAACUCAACAAGCCUGCAGAUUUCAUUGGGAAGAAGGCGCUACAGGAGAUCAAGGCCCAGGGACUAACGAGGAAGCUGGCGUAUCUCACCCUGGACACGGACAAUAUCGACCCUGAGGGCAAUGAGACCAUCUGGCAUGAAGGAAAGGUCGUCGGCAACACAACCUCUGGAGCGUACAGCUACUCGACUCAGCAGAGCCUGGCCUUCGGCUACAUGCCCAUCCAGCUGGCCACCGUUGGUCAGAAGGUAGAGGUGGAGCUCCUGGGAAGGAAAUAUCCUGCCACAGUUGUCCAGGAGCCUUUGGUCCUCACUGAACCCACCAGGACCCGCCUGCAAAAGAAGGCCAAAAGCAGACCGUGAAACAGGAAUGCUAGUUUGGAUGAACUGGACCUCAUAGAAGUGGCUGGUCAGAUAAGAAGAGAUGCUGUGUUUGAGAGAGCUUGUGCACUGCAUUAAUAAUGAAUGACUAUUUUGUAUAAAAAACCAUAUAAUAUUUUCUUCAGCUGCAACGUUCAAAGGGCUGAACGAUUUGGAGAAAACAUCUAAUUGCUAAUGACUAAUAUUGCAGCUGCGAUUUAAACCGCGAUUAUAUUCUAUAAAUUGAAGCUCUUUUUUUGACAAGACCAGAAUAUUAACCUUUACUAGCUUGAGGCUUGACCCCUUAAUGUAGUGUGCCAGACUGCCAGUAAGUUGUGGUUGUGAUGUCACAAAACACCCUCUGAUUGGUCUACCUUAUCUAGACAGUUCUCAAAUUCUACGGAAUUUGGUUAAAUUUUGCGUUUUUGAUGAUAUAGGCUAUAUAUUUUUUUUAAAAUUGCAGCUCUUGUGAUUUAAAAACUGCACUGCCUUAGAUUGCGAUUUCAAUAUAAAAAUGAUUAAUCUUUCAGCCCUAAAUGUUCAUACGCAUAAUUUUGGGCACCCAGUCAAGUGAGUUUUGUUGAUUUUUUAAGUGUAAAUAAGUUACACAUCCUCUACAGAGACACAUUUUUGCUCAUUUUAAUGCACAGUUUCUCUUGUUGGCCUGUGCAACAGUUACGGCACAUUUUAUAUUUUAUGCUUCAUUUUUUCCAAAUUUAUGUGAAACAGAAACCCUAUAUUAACCCUAAAACCCUAUAUUAACCCUAAAACCCUAUAUUAAAAUUUGCUCUUUGUGGAGGAUGUUUUAACUUAUUUUCACUUAGAAAAUUAAUAAAGCGUGUCAUUUGACCAGGAGGAGCUCUUGUAUACAACUCUAUAUACAGAACCAUGACAACUGAAAGAACAGUUUGAAAGCAUAAAUGGUUCUACACAUGGUUCUUCUCUAUGAUGAAAAAUCUGCUGUAUAUGGUUCUUUAAAGAACCUUUUAAAACAAUGCUUCUCCAUAGUACCAAAAAGGGUUGCUAAAAGUCUUAGAACAAUUUUUUGGUACUAUACAGAACCCUUUUUGCUAAGAGUGUACAAGCGUGAAAAAUGAUUAACUUUCAAUCAUGGUACUCAAACCAACAUGCAUGAAUUUUGCUCCAUAAGAAACAAAACUUUGUACACUGUAAAAAGUGGCUCGUCAGAUCUACUUAAAAAAUACUUCAUGUAGUAGCAAGUAAAUUAACUAGUUUUAUUCAACCUAAAUAAAUACUUUGAAUGAAUGAUUCUUUCAAUUGAAGUAAUGUUUUGCAUUGUAAUAAAUAUAAUAUAUAAUAUAUUAUAAUAUAUUGAAUAAAACUAGUUAAAUUACUUGUUGCUACAUGAAGUAUUUUUUUAAGUAGAUCUGAUGAGCCACUUUGUACAGUGUUGUGAGAAUUGAAAGAUUCAGUUUUCUGUGUGAAAUACAACUGAGUUCAUUUGUUAGGAUCAAAACAGCAUCACAUCCUACAUCAUCUUGACAAAAACAGUCUUAAUAUGGGCAUAGCUGUUUCAUGACAACGUCAAGAUCUCUGAAAAAUUUAAGCUGAACAGCCACCGACCAGAGGUCUUAAAGUGUCUUAAGAAAGAAAAUCUUCCUAAAUGUUUGUUCGUUCUGAAGUUCAUUCUUAAGAAAACAGUUACAGAUUCUUAAAAUAACUUCUUAAAAACUUCUGAAGAUUUUUUCUUAACUCCUUUCUUAAGAAUAAUUCUAAGGAAAAGUGGUAUUCUUGAAAACAUUAUGUUCUUUAUUGUGCUUUAUUUUUAUUAUUAAUGUUGCUUUAUUGUUCUUUAUUGCUUAACCUUACGAGAGCCUCACACUUGUCUUGGGCUGGAGUUGACAGUAUUUGAUCUAAAUCAGUUAUAAAGCACACGCUGCCUCUGCUGCU